CCUCCCAUCAUCAUGACAUCAACACUGCGGAGCGGAGAGACCCGCCGCACAGUCUCUGCAGAACGCCAGUGCGCAAAGAGGAUUGUGUGGUAGCCUAUUGGUGAACUGACGGGAUGUCGCUGUACGCGUCUCAGAUUAAAGCGUUUAAGAGGGCAGAGCCCAAGACGCUUGGUGCUGUUGAGAUCGUAAUUGGAGUGUUGACUGUCAUUUUGACCACAAUUGUGUAUAAGCUGCACUAUCAUAUCCAGCGUGAAAUUAUUAUACUCCUCAUCAACGGUGCUCAGCUUGUCAUAACCGGUAUUGUCCUGGUGCACACUGGGAGGAAGCCUUCUAAAUGUCUGGUGCUGACAACCAUUGUUCUGCAAUUACUAACAGCAGCAUUUGAUAUUGUUGGAUUUGGGCUCAUGGCCAGACACAUCCCAUUCAGGGGCGAGUCGUACUACUACAGAGACACGGAGUGGUGUUGUGACCCACUUCACUCUGUUUGGGCUUGCUGUGGAGAAGGAGAGAGAGGGGGACAGAAAGAGUUCUUAGUGAAUGGAAUCUUGGGGACACUUAUCGGUUUCCUGGUGCUAGCAUGUAUCAUUGGUUUGGUUGUGUCUCUCUUUGGAGUUUACUCCCUUUCUGUUAGUGCCAUUAAGGAGAUGACACCUAUCCCUCACUCUACAGCAAACCAACAUUAUGGUGUUGCCAUUCAGAACCAGAAUACAAUCCAUGCUGGAAACUGACAGAAUAAGAGAUUAUAAAAGCAGAAGGGCACAGUUUUAGCACAGUUUUUCACCAAAUGCAAAAGAAGACUUUUUCACCUACAAACACCCACUCACAGGUAAACAACAACAACCACACACAUGCACGCACGCACACAGACACACACAAAAAAAUGACUUUUGUGAAAUUGUAAAUAUUUUUGGAAUUAAAAUGGAAAUGUCGUUUUUGCUUGGCUGUUGCUCUCGCAGGCUUUAGGACUGCUGUACUUUUGAAUGCUCAACAUAGUAGUUGUUUGAACCUCAAUCGUUUUCCUCUAAUAACCUUAAGCUUCUUGGCAUGAAAUGCUAAUCAAAUGUCUACGCAGAAAUAUUGUCCAGAAUCUAUGUAUGUUAGAGGACGAAAUGUGUGUCUUCCUGAGAAUAUGUAUAAUUCUGCAUUAGGUACAUUAGGUACUGACCAGAAGGAAAAAAUAUAUUAACAUGAAUAUGAACGGUAAGAAGGAUAUGUAAUUCCCUCUUGUUUUUUUGUACCUUGCAUUUGGUGCCAUCUUUUGCAUGAAUAUCUAUAUCGGUAUGUUUGUUUCAGCCACAUGAGGACAAGCAGGGUGGCAUUUAUCAAGUUUCUAUUUCUUCAUGUGAAUCUGACAUCAUAAUCUAAAAAUGAAAGCUAUAUUUGCUUAUAUAAAGUAAAUAAUAAAAGAUUUAAACAAAAAUAAAUGGCUUGAUAAAUGUGGCCCAUGUUCAGUGAAACCCUCUAGAGCAGAGUAGUCUGAAUUUCAACACAACAUUGCUAGAAUUUUUUGUCAUCUCGUUUUAUCCAUACUGAUUCUUCAGGAAAGCUAUGAUGACUGCCAACUUUGUAAGUGCCACCACUUGUGACCAAAAUCAUGGACACCAUAAUGACUAAAAGGUCAGAGGUUGAACCCUCAGCCAAGGGCUCGACAAUGAUGAUGUAAAAUCCUUUUGUGGAAGCAUGUGUUGUUCGUUCUGUGCCAGCAGAUCUCUGUCUUUCGACAGCAUGUGAGAUUUACUUUGUGUCUGUUGUCAGUGACCUGUAGUAACAUGAAAACGUAGUAGGUAGCAAUAUGGCUGUGUUUGUGUUUGUAUUUGACUCAACAAUAUUUCAAAUAAACUUGAUUUAAU